AUGCCGCCGAGUGUAAACCUUGUCAAGAUGUGGGUCAAGUUCGGCCCCGAGUUCGGCCGUACCUCGCGCCACUUGUCGCCUUAUGAAGUACACCCAGUGCGCAGCAUCAUUACGACUAUUCCGUACAAGACGGUUCGCAAGAUCAAAGAGAACGGUCCAGUGCUUAUCCCGGCGAUACUUUUGCUCGUGGGAACAGUCAAGUGGGGUACAAAGGCCAACGAAGAGGAGCACCGUACGCACUGGAGCUAA